ACAGCUGUUUUAAUUGUUUUGUUUACAUUUUAAUGGAACGCAGUUAGCGUUUCAGCACAUUUCAGUGCAUUUGACAAACAAUUGGUUCUCGAUUAUUUCUCCACUUUGAGUCCAAGGUUGUCAGAGAACUGGCUAUAAACAUUUAUUCAACACGCAGCUGUAGCUAAGCAACAACUGCUUUCUCAAAUCGUUAUUUAAAUAUCACAUAAUGGGAAUACAGAGCAAACUGCUGGAUCCGUUGUGCGUCACCUGCCAAGAGUUCCAGCAUCCCUGGACGGAUAAGUGCGUCAAUGCCACUGCAGGCAUCCUCUUAUCGGCUACGCCCUACUGCUUACGUGUUUACACAAUUGUAUAUGCCUUUUCGCUACUUAUGCGCCACCGUGUGCCAACUUUGGUGGAUUUAAAGCGCACUCUGCUGGGUAUUAUCCAAUCAACCGCCUUUCUGGUCACCAAUGCGUACACCUUUGUCCUCUUCAAUUGCCUGCUGCGCAAUCUGCUGGGCCGCUACUAUUUCAGCACUGUAGCUUUUGUGCCCUCGUUUCUGUCGUCACUGACAGCUAUUCUGGUCGAGCGCCCGGCCCGUCGUCCACUGCUGACGCUGUACGUGGCGAAUGUGGCCACCGAAGCACUCUGGAAGAUGGCAGAGGCUCGUAACUGGGUGCGCUCCGUACCACAUGGCCAGACAUUCAUCUUCGCUUGCAGCAUGUCUAUACUUCUGUAUCUGUAUCGUUUGAACGCCAACGACGAUUCCAUCUUUAAUAUUUUACGCAUCUUUGUGGGAAAAGAGGAAGCCGGACCGGUGGUAAAACCCGAGCCUUUGGUGCCAGGCGAGCAGCCAGCGCCUUCUCAACGACGCCCCAGCGUCAGCUUUGCCACCACCGCUGAUUGGGUGCGCGUCUACAGCAAUCUGGUAUAUGCUAAGCAUGAAAGCUGUGUCCAUAAACAAAGCUGCUCCAGCUAUGCCAUAUUAGGUGGUAUUCGUCCCUUUGUAGGCGGAGUGACUCUACAAGUGGCAUUAAAGCUGGUGAUGAAUGUAAAAAACAUAUUCCGAGGUGGCAUGCCGUGGCGUAAGCAAAUCUUCAAUCGAAGCACCUUACGGCUUGGCGCCUUUAUGGGCACCUUCUCGUUUCUAUACAAGUCCAUCUCCUGCCUUUUGCGCCACUGCUACAAUCGGGAUGAAGCACUGUUUGCCGUACCCGCUGGCUUAGUGGCCUCACUGGCAUUCACACAGUACCCAGAUAAUACAGUCGCCUUGUACGUCAUGUGGAAGGCUAUCCAAAUUCUCAGCAGCAUGGGCCAAGACCGAGGCAUUCUUCCACGCAUUCCCAAUUUUAUGCUCUAUACUUACGCAUUCUUCACAGCUGUGCUCUUCCAUGCGGGCAUUAUGGAAGCACAAUCACUGCGACCCAAUUACUACAAAUUUUUGCAGGCCAUAUCAGGCGAAAGGCUCAACAAAUUUAAUUUGAGUGCUUUUGAUAUCUUUGGCUUGAAUACUCAGCGGCAAACAAAUGAAAUGCUGAAGAGCCUGAAAAUUGUAGACAAGAAGACACUGCCAGCAUUUGCAUUCGCCUCCUGAGUGAAGUCACGUUUCAAGUAGAACUAAGUCGUGGCGACCCAACGUUUACUACAAGAAGUCUCAGCACUUUAAGUGCCCGCUCUCAACGUUCGAUAAGUCUCUCCAAAUGAUAUUUUAAUAUUUUAUAUGAAUAUGUAUAUGUUAGUAAGUAAGUCGGCUGAUUACACUAUAUACCGCUCUUUAUGGGCGUGCUGGUAUAUAGUGUCAAUAGGCCUGGUGGUCACACAAACUAUGUGUAGUUAGUACGGGGUGUAUUGACAAAUAAUUAACUAAUUUUUUCUGUUGCUAGCAGCUCUUAAUAAAG